AAGGCUUGUAACCUUUCAAUAUGCUUUGUCUUAUACAUGAAUGCAGCAAAGACAUGUUCCAUAUUCGUCUUUCUAUAGCCUAAUAUUACAGCUCUUUGUACCUUAUUUCUAAUCCUAAAAAAAAUGAUCUACCAGUUGAACCUCCCCGUGCCAGUCUGAUGUACCCACAUUCCAAAGAAGUGGACCAUUUCAUUCACAUCUAUAUAUAACACAGAGGGCACAAGCUGGCUGAAGAAUACUAAAGAAAGUAGACGUCCAGAGAAGUCCAGGAUUUCAUAUGCCAGCAAAGAUGGAGGACCCAAUACAGUUUAAGGAGGAUGGAAACAAAUAUUUCAAAGCGAAUGAUUAUGUCAAUGCCAUUGACUGUUAUAACAAAGCAAUAAAGCUUUUAAAAGAUAAGAAUAUGUUGGCAGUUCUGUACCGUAAUCGAUCAGCUUGCCACCUUAAAAAGGAAAACUAUGUUCAAGCAGCUUCAGAUGCCUCUAAAGCCAUUGAUGUGGAUGGAUCAGAUAUAAAAGCUCUAUUCAGACGUUGUCAAGCCCUGGAAAAACUAGGGAAAUUGGACCAAGCAUUCAAGGAUGUUCAGAGAUGUGCAACACUUGAGCCAAAGAACCAAACAUUCCAAGAGACUCUACGCAGAAUAGGCGCUGAUAUCCAUCAAAAGCUUCAUGUACAAUUUUCCACUGACUCUCGGGUACAAAAGAUGUUUGACAUCCUGCUGGACCCUACUUGUGAAAAAGAGAAGAGGGAAAAGGCUGCCAACAAUCUCAUAGUUCUGGGCAGAGAGGAAGCUGGCGCCGAAAGGAUUUUCCAAAGCAAUGGGUUACAUCUUCUUAUGAAGCUAGUGGAGACUAAAGAUCCAGAGCUGAUCCUCUCUGCAGUGAGAACCCUGGCUGGGAUGUGCACUGGGCAUAGAGCACGGGCUACUGCUAUCCUGCAUCUUGUGCGCUUUGAGAGAAUCUGCCGCAUUAUGGCUGUGGACAAUGAAGAAAUUGCUCUAGCAACAUGCAAUCUUAUACAGGCUAUUGUGGACUCCCUUACUAAAGAGGAUCGGAGAGAUCAUGGCAAGGAGGAGGCUCUUGUAUUAGAUACGAAGAAGGACCUCCGAAUGAUCACCACGCAUUUGUUGGAUAUGCUUGUUAAUGAGAGUGUUUCCGGACAUGGCAGAGAUCAAGCUCUAAACCUUCUUAACAAAAACAUCCCUAGAUAUGACCUGAAGAAUAAGGACAACACCAAGACUCUCUUUGUAGUUGAUACAGGCUUAAAGAAGAUUCUUAAGGUCCUAAGUCAGAUUCCUGAAUUGCCCAAAUGCCUUCCUUUGACACCCAACACCAGGUUAACUGCUUCAAUCCUUCUAAAUAAACUCUAUGAUGAUCUACGUUGUGAUCCAGAGAGAGAUAACUUCAGAGAAAUCUGUGAGGAGUUUAUAACUAAACAGUUUGAUCCAAAAGAUAUGGUGAAGAACCUGCAUGCCAUACAGACUGUCUCAGGGAUCCUGCAGGGGCCAUUUGACUUGGGAAACAAACUCUUAGGAUUGCAGGGGGUUAUGGAAAUGAUGGUAGCAUUGACUGGCUCCGAAAAUGAGAUAGACCAACUUGUUGCAGUGGAAGCUCUUAUUCAUGCCUCUACAAAACUCAGUCGUGCUACAUUCAUUAUAACAAAUGGAGUGUCCUUGUUAAAAGAGAUCUACAAGAAAACAAAAAAUGAAAAGAUAAAGAUCCGUGCUUUGGUGGGUCUUUGCAAACUGGGAUCCGCUGGAGGUACAGACUAUGCUUUGAGACAAUUUGCUGAAGGAUCUACUGAUAAACUUGCCAAACAAUGCAGAAAAUGGCUGUGUAACCCAAGCAUUGACAUACAGACUAGAAAGUGGGCAGUGGAAGGGCUGGCAUAUCUGACGUUAGAUGCUGAUGUAAAAGAUGAAUUUGUUGACGAUGAACAAGCUAUGCAAGCCAUGUUUGAGUUGUCAAAGACAAGUGAUAAAACUAUUCUGUAUUCUGUGGCUUCAACUCUGGUCAACUGCACAAACAGCUAUGAUGUGAAGGACGUCAUUCCAGAGCUCGUCCAGCUGGCUAAGUUUUCCAAGCAGCAUGUUCCAGAACAACAUCCGAAGGAUAAGAAAGACUUUGUGACAAAACGUGUAAAGAGACUGCUAAAGGCUGGUGUCAUCUCAGCUUUAUCCUGCAUGUUGAAAGCAGAUAAUGCCAUACUUACAGACCAAACCAAGGAACAGCUAGCUAGGGUUUUCUUAGCGUUGUGUGAAGAUCCACAGGACAGAGGAAUAAUUGUUGCACAAGGAGGAGGCAAGUCCAUGAUUCCUCUAGCCCUGGAAGGAACAGAAGCAGGGAAAACAAAAGCAGCUCAUGGUCUGGCUAAAAUAGCCGCUGUAUCAAACCCGGACAUUGCAUUCCCUGGAGAGCGGGUAUAUGAAGUAGUGCGUCCUCUGGUUAGUCUCCUGAACACAGAAAAAGAUGGUUUACAGAACUUUGAAGCACUCCUUAGUCUGACCAACCUCGCUGGGAAGAGCGACAAAUUAAGACAAAAAAUUAUUAAGGAGAAGGCUCUCCCUGAGAUUGAGAAUUACAUGUUUGAGAAUCAUGAACAGAUUCGACAAGCUGCCACUGAAUGCUUAUGCAACUUAGCGGUAAAUAAAGAGGUUCAGGAAAGGUUUACGGCUGAUGGAAAUGAUCGCUUAAAACUGGUGAUAUUGCUUUGUGGAGAAGAGGAUGAGGUUAAACUACAAAGAGCAGCAGCUGGAAGUCUUGCCAUUCUGACUGGUGCCCAGAAGAAGCUGUGUCAUAAAAUGACUGAAGUGACAACACAGUGGAUGGAGAUCCUGCAGCGCCUUUGUCUGCAUGAGGACUUGCAGGUUCAGCAUCGAGGAGUUGUGAUUGCCUAUAACCUCAUCUCUGCAGAUAAAGAGCUGGCAAAGAAAUUGGUAGAAUCAGAGACAUUGGAGAUUUUAACAGUCAUUGGAAAACAGGAGAGCAAUCCCAGCAAACAGCAUAUCAUAGAUGUGGCCAGAGAAGCCCUUGUUAAAUGUUUAGAUUAUGGGUUGAUCAAGCCUGUGUCAUGAAUAUAAAAGUGUGUUAUGAAACUUAUCAAGUGUGUCAAAGGUGCAUUCCCUUUACAUGUAGGGAUGUAGUGAUGUGUGUUAAAAUAAAAUGGAAAGUCCCACCAAUUAAAGACUCCCACCUCUUCACACAAUCCAAUCAAAAUAAAACAUCCACUAGAACCAUCAAGAGAUCUCUGUUCCAUAACUUUUUUCCAUUUCUCUCCUUUUACUCUUGAGAAAGGGAGGAAUUUUACUAAGUUCCUGAAACUCACCUUCCAGUCUUGAAACUUUGGUAUCAGAAAUCCUCACCAUAGAAGAACAAAACACUAUCCAGGACUUCAGUUCCAGAUUGUUUUUUGCAUCAUAUUUUGUAGUUUACACUUAAGGUGGACAUCAGGAAACCACCCAAUGUACGCAAUUUUAAAGGCUUCCAUUGCAAGAGAGGUGGCCGAAAGAGUGUCCUUUUGUCUUCUGUCUGACAGGUAUAUGCCAGCUUAACAUAUAAGUCAUAAAAGUUUCAAUAGCUUUUCAUGACUUAUCUGUUAAAUGAAUUUCAUUAUAGGCAAUGCGUAAUAAAUGCAUCAUACAGAUAGCUAACUGUGGCAUCCAUCACCGACAGACUAUUUUGGCUUCUGUUUAAUGGAUAUGUAACAAAGAGCCAUUGAAAAGAUUGUUAUGUGUAAGCUGAAUGGAUGCCAUUAAAGCCUACAGGUUGCAAUAUACAUUUCCUGGAAAAAAUUAACGAACAGUCUUAUUGGUUGAACUAUGCAAGAACAACAUAUUUUACAUGAGAAGACAUGAGGUCCCUUCACCUUCAUUCUUUGUUCAUUUUACAAUUGUAGCUUUUAUUUGGGGCCAAAGCCUCUCCUUCCCUUCUGUUUCCCUUUUUGUCAAUUUUCUUAUUUUACUUUAUUUAUUGAGUGUUAAUUACUUUGAAACAAAUGGGUUUAGAUUUUCUAACACCAUCUUCUUAUUUUGAAUAGAUACUUAAGCUAAUAGUACUUCUUUCAUACUGAAGUUCUCUAACUUUCGAAAUGCCCAAUUUUGUAGUACUGAAACUAUGAGAAUAUGAUAAUUCUUAAUUGUUUGCUCCUCAUUUUAAAUCCAAUAAAAGUAUUGAAAAAAACAAGAAAAGUAAA